AUGGAAAAGGCUCAAAUGAAUGAUCACCCAGUGAGGAGCCAGAAUAAUGAACAAGUUGGUUACUACCAAGAGGAGGUUUCUAGGACGAGUGAGGCUUUUCAUACAACAACAAGUCAGGGCGACGAAGAAAGUGAUCUUCAGAAUCCCCGAGAGACCAUCAUCACCCACUCGCAAGCAAUGCCACCAGUACACGAGAAUGAAUGGAUGCCAAAACACUCGGAGCGAGAGGAAAUUCAUCGGAGUCAUGCUGCAGCAGGGGACAGCCCUCAAGAAUCAUCCUUGUCCAUGUUCAAUACCUUCUUUCAAGCGAAGAGCAAUUAUUUAGAUUCGAUUAUUGAGGAUUGGAAGAAUCUGCUUGCAACAACAACACCAUCAGCACCUCCUGUUUCUAAUUUGGAACAGACCAAUCCCGAGUUGUCUUCUCGCGAGGCUAUGAUCUCAGAGUCCGGAGUGACACCCACGAAACAAGACACCAAGAAUUUGGAGGAAGAGAAGAGGUCUCCAUCCAAGUCAAGCAGUAAGGAACACAAACAAACAAUGACACCACUGUAUUAUAGCCCUGAUAAUAAGGAGGUCUAUCGGCCCAAGCUUGAUGACAAGAUUGUUGGCACUUCCGACGACGAUUUAUAUUCAGCGACACUACCACAAGAAGAAAAUGAAGCCAAUAAUGAGCUCACUUCAACAACAAAUACAGAGGCUCUUGAUGAAAGUGAAAAGGAGGAAGAUGAAGAAUAUUAUGAAGAGGAUUUUGAUCAAAAUGAAACGGUCAUUGUGACACCAUCUUCGACAACCUACAAUAUGCAUGACAGUGACGCAACAAUGGAGCAAGCCAACUCCAUAAUUAAGGAAAGCUAUACACCCUACUAUGGGGGGUCGAUUUUAUCAUCUACUCCCGACGGAUCAUCUUCGGAUCGAAAUGUCUCAAGCACACUCAGUGCAAGUAGUACUGCAAGAAUAUUAGAUUUUGAAAAGUUGAACAGAAGCGAAAUUUCCUUGUCAUCGCCUCUUUUUUCAAGCACCAACACGCCACUGCAUGAACGAACAUCUCCAUCUGAACAAGUAGGGCAGCAAGAGUCGACGAAUGCUAUCACGUUAAACACAUUUAUAUCUCCCCAAUCGCUUCCUUUAAAAGUACUCGCUCAAAUGAAUAAGGAGUCAGAAAAAACACCCGAUCUACCAUUUGUAUCAAAACACAAUAACCAUAUUGAAGAACAUGAAACCAGUAUGGACUUUUCACAGCAAAAUAAUGAAGACAGAGCAUAUAUAGGUGACUUUGAAAGUCCCCCUCAAUCAUCCACAUACAGCAAAUCUUCAAAUGCUUCUCCAACGUUGGUGAGUGAAGAGGAAGUUCGCAACUCAUUACGCGCGGAAGGAGAGCGGCUGGAAUUUAAACCUCAGCCCAAAUUUCUUCAUGGUGACGAUAAAGAGAGUUCUUCACUUCAAGUCGAAUCUAAAACCAGCAAAAGAGAUAGAGAAUUAAUAGAAACCUAUUCACGGAUGAAUUCAUUGGUGGAACAAAAUGAGGAGCUCGUUCAACAAUUAUCAUCUGUUCUAAAACGAAAUGACGAGUUAAGAAAAGCUCUUUUACUAUCUGAAACAAAGCGGAACAGGCUGUCAGAGAUCAACAAAGAUCUCACUCAACAAAUGUCACUCAUUAAGGUCGAAGAAGAACUUAGUUCGAAAAACACAGCUUCAAAAUCGGAAUUUGAAACUAUAACCACACUCAAGCAAACUCUGGAUGAAAAAGAAAAAAUAAUUAGUGAGCUACAAGAUGAAAUUCUAAUGGCUAAAAAAGAGAAUAGUCAGCUCCAGCAGCUUCUCGACCCUUCUGUGUAUGAGUCUAAGAAUCAAGCCCAAAUCGAGCAACUGAAGAGCGAAAUCAGAAGCCUUCAGGAUACUAUUGAAGGUCUAAAUGUAAAAUUCAAAGACACCAGAAGAAAAGAUGAUGAAAACAACAAAAGAAGAGAAAUUGAAGUUCGAAAAGAGUACAUAGUUAAAUUGUCGCAACUUGAAAAGGAGCGGCAUGAUAUGGAAGAAGAAAAUGCGCUCCUCAAGUUAAAAAUUAAGGAACUAGAGGAACAGGUUUUGCACGCAGGAAAUAAGGACCAGGAACACUUAGCAAUAACUCUUGAAAAAGAAGAGGAAUAUAUUCGAAAAAUAACGUCCUUGAAUCAAGAACACCUUCUACAGAUACAAGAAUUACAGCGAUCAUUUCGAAGUACUGAAAUAUCUCUGAGGAAAUUAAUUGACGAAAAAGACUUCACUAUUCAACAGUUGCGAGAGUCCCACGAAAAUGACUCGAAUAUACCUUCGUCUUCACAAAAUAAUUUUGAGUCAAUUCUUGCUUCGCAUCACCAACAACUGGAUAAACUUUCCCAAGAAGUAGAUGCAAAGAAUGAUACAAUCCAGAAACAAAAUACUCAAUUAGAAAACGCUACAAUGGAGCUCGAAUUGCUUAAACAACGUUGUUCAACUCUCUCUGGCUUAGUUGUAAAGUAUGAAAGAAAAAUUCAUGACUUGGAAAUCAGUACUAUGUUUUUCGAAGGAGAAACUAAAAGACUUCAACUUGCAAACUCUCAUCUUGAACAAGACAUUUCUACUGCUGCACAUGAACAUGAGAAUUUACAGAAAAUCUAUGAAGAACAUUUCAACAGCAUUCAAGCUACUAGUAGAGAUCAUGAACAGACAAUUUCGAAACUUCAAGAAGAAAAAUCACAGGCUAUCAAAAAGUUAUCAGUUCUUGAAGAAGAGCUGAAUGUUUUAAGGUCCAAUUAUGCUAAUUUAAAGUCUCUUUUUGAAAAGAGAGAACAAUCAUUUUCUGUACAAAGGGAAAAUUACGAUUCUCAAAUUUCAAGUAUGAAACAACAUCAUGAGAAAGCUUUGAAAGAAUUACGAGAAAAGUACUCACAACUUCUUGAAUCUAAGAAUGAGCGGAUGUCAAGUCUUGAACAGUCCAACAUUAGAAUUGAAAAACAAGACCAGUUGAUGAAAAAAGUGCUAAAGGACAAGCUUCUCGAUUCUCUUCAUUUACAAGAGGAUUUCAAAUCCAUCAGAAAACAGUUUGACAGCGUGCACGGUAGUGUAACAUCUCUUGCUAACGAGAUUGAAAAUGUAUCUCUGGAAUCUGAAUCUGUAAAGCAACUACUCCAGCAAGAAAUUGAACAUUUGCAAGAGCGAAACAUGGCAUGUGUCCAAGUCAACGAGCGGUUGCUUGAUCUUGUCAAGAGAAAGGAAGCUGAUAUUGAAGAAUAUCAACUCAAAGAAACAACGUUGAAGGAAGAAUUAAAACGACUCAAAGCCAUAACGGACAACCAAAUACAAACGCUUAACAAACAAAACGAAACCAUUAGAAACGAGCUAUUGCAUACUUCUCAAGAGUUAAGAAAAGAAAAAUCUCAACUUGCUUACGUUGAAAAAGUAGAAGAAGCCAUGAGGUCAAAUGUGGCAUCUUUGUCUGAAUCUAAUGAUAAAUUGAUGGACCAAGUACAACAGCUUAAAACGGAAAAUGAAAAGUUGCUUGCCAAACUGAACCAUUUGAAAUCACAACAUGCAGAUGACGUUAAAAAACUUGAAGAUCGUGUGGAACGAUCAAGACUAGAAUUGGAAGAAUCAAGAAAGUUGCUCAAGGACUCCAAUUCCAAAGAAAAAAAUUUACAAAAUGAAUUGAAAGAUUGUAAGGACGAAUUACAACGAAUGAAAAUGCAAAAUGCAGCUCUGGAAAAGGAACGAAACUCACAACGACAAGAGCACAAACGAAUGGAAGAAUUAUGGAGCUCUAAACUUUCACAAGUGAGUGCUCAUUUAUUGUCCAUUGAGGAAAUUACAAAGAGACAAGAAGAAAAGAUUGAGUCUGAACAACAAGAAUUUAUGAAGCGUCUCCAAGAAAAAGACAACAAGAUUCAUCAAUUAGAGAAAGAGAUUCAAUUGCUUAAAAAGAAAUCAGCAACAGCAUCAUCCAUGGAAACGACCUUAACGGAAGAGCUGCGAUUGCACAAUAAUCGUCUCGAAAUGAAAAUUAGCUCACUUGAGAAGGAUAUUGCAAGUUUUGUGAAUGACGCCACAGAGAGUGCAAAACAAAUGCGAUUACUGAAGGAGGAAAAAGCUUCACUUAAUGCAGUCCUUUCUCAGGUCAAAAUUCAGCUUGCUACAUGUCAGAGCGAUAAAGAGGCCAUUCGGUUAGCUCUCACCAAGCGAAUUGAUGAAUAUGAAAAAACGAUCAAGGAGCUACAUGAUCAAUUAGUAAUUAACAUUGAAUAUUUGCAUUCGAGCAAGAUGACACUUCAAGAGCUUGAAAAUCAAAAUUCUCUGGUGACAGCGUUAAAGAAGCAGCUGGAAGAAAAAACAAUAGAAAAUGCCAAGCUCGAACGUCACAACGUAUUUAUUGAGACCAAGUAUGAGGAACAAGUGAAAUCUCUCGAAAAGAAAUUUAUUGAAAUUACGAAUGAGCUUGUUGAAUUGAAAAAACAUCACGAAAAAGUUACACGAGAUACGAACAACAACAGCAAGCUGGCAAAAAGCGAAAUUUCUUCUUUUGUUUCCAAAGAAUUUAUUCACAAAUUGCCUCUAGGAGAUGAUACACAGUCUUUGAAACAAGCUCUCUAUCAAGCACAAAUCAAACUGAAGCAAGCAGAAGCACUUGGUCACGAUUUAGAAGUGAGCCAAAACGAAAACCAACAUUUGGCCAAAAUGUACGCCAAAGAAAAGAAUAAGGUUUUGCUUCUUGAAAAAGAAAUAGACAAACUGAAGAACAAUAAUGUCACUGAACAAAAACAGCAAGUGUAA